UUAGCUUAGCUCGUUCUUGGUACAAUCAGAAAAGGCUUAACCGCGUUUCAAGUAACACGUCCGUGCGUUCCAAACUUGAAUUUGACGUUUAAAUUACGCAUUUUUUAAAUAAAAAAUUGUGCCGGUUACAAAUUCUAGUGUUGUGACAAAAUAAGUAAUCAUGAUCCUAGUCCUGGUCUGGGUGGCGGUGCUGAUCGCCGUGGCCGUGCUGUACCUCCGUCAGAUCUACUCCAGAUUCUCUCGAUAUGGCGUGAAGCACUUCAGGCCGGUGCCCCUCCUGGGCAACAUGACCAGGAUGGUCCUCAAACAAGAUCACCUCAUAGAUGAUAUCCUGAGAUACUAUAAUAGCUUUCCUGGAGAGAGGUUCGUGGGUAGGUUUGAGUUCAUCAAUGAGAUGGUGGUCAUCCGCGACCUUGAGCUGGUGAAGAAAAUCGCGGUCAAAGACUUUGAACACUUCCUCGAUCACCGCUCUGUCUUCAGUUCCAGUGACUCUUUCUUUUCUAGAAACUUGUUCUCUUUGAAAGGUCAAGAAUGGAAAGACAUGCGUUCGACUUUAAGCCCAGCUUUCACCAGUUCUAAGAUGCGUAUGAUGGUGCCCUUCAUGGUGGAAGUUGGUGACCAAAUGAUGGAUGCAAUAAGAAAGAAGAUCAAAGAAUCUGGAAAUGGCUACAUAGACCUCGAGUGCAAGGACCUGACGACUCGUUAUGCCAACGACGUCAUAGCGUCCUGCGCCUUCGGUCUGAAGGUGGACUCCCACAACGAAACUGACAACGAGUUUUACACCAUGGGCAAGCUGUCUUCCACCUUCAAAUUCCGUGACAUGCUCAUGUUCUUCGUUAUUGCAAAUGCGCCUACAGUUGCUAAGAUCCUGAAACUGGAUUUCCUUUCGGAAGCGGCGAAGAAGUUUUUCAGGAAUUUAGUCCUUGAUACCAUGAAGAAUCGUGAGCUGAACCAUAUCAUUAGACCUGAUAUGAUUCAUUUGCUUAUGGAAGCUAAAAAAGGUAAACUGACUCAUGACGAAAUCAAAUCUAAUGAUGUGGCUGCUGGCUUUGCGACAGUUGAAGAAUCUGCCGUAGGACAGAAGGAAAUUACUAGAGUGUGGACUGAUGAAGACCUCAUCGCUCAGGCAGUAUUAUUCUUCAUCGCCGGUUUCGAGACCGUGUCUUCUGGCAUGUCAUUCCUGCUGUACGAGCUGGCUGUGAACCCUGACGUCCAGGAGCGCCUGGCACAGGAGAUCAAGGAGAACGAUGCCAAGAACGGCGGCAAGUUCGACUUCAACUCCAUUCAGAAUUUGCAGUACAUGGAUAUGGUUGUGUCUGAACUGCUGCGCCUGUGGCCUCCUGGGGCAGCACUGGAUAGGAUCUGCACUAAGGACUACAAUUUGGGAAAACCUAACGACAAGGCCAAACAUGAUUUCAUUGUCCGCAAAGGCACAGGUAUCAGCAUACCAGCGUUUGCCUUCCACCGAGACCCCCAGUUCUUCCCGAACCCUGAAAAGUUUGACCCUGAACGGUUCUCUGAGGAAAACAAGCACAACAUCCAGAGUUUUGCCUACAUGCCCUUCGGUAUUGGACCUAGGAAUUGUAUAGGAUCAAGAUUUGCACUCUGCGAGAUGAAGGUGAUGGCAUACCAGAUUCUGCAGCAUAUGGAGGUAUCUCCCUGUGAGAGGACUUGCAUACCAGCCAAGCUUGAUACUGAGACCUUCGGCAUGCGACUGAAAGGAGGCCACUGGCUUAGAUUCAGACCUAGGCAGUAUAUUACAAUGCUCCUUUUAAUCUGGGCGUUAGUCCUAGCUGUCAUAGUGUUGCGGGACCUCAAACGACUUUACUCUACAUUCAGUAAGGAUGGCAUCAAGCACUUCAAGCCAGUCCCACUGCUGGGCAACAUGAGUUCCGUCAUAUUCCGAAGAAACCAUUACGCUGACAAUAUUCUCAAGUUUUACAAAAGUUUUCCAGGAGAAAAGUUCGUUGGCAGAUUUGAAUUUGUUAACCAGUCCAUUGUGAUCCUAGAUUUAGAGCUGGUGAAGAAGAUUACUAUCAAAGACUUUGAGCAUUUUCUCGAUCAUCGUAACUUUGGAGCUGAAUCAUUUUUUAACAGAACUUUGUUCUUAUUAACAGGUCAAGAAUGGAAAGAUAUGCGGUCCACACUGACUCCAGCAUUCACCAGUUCCAAGAUACGUCUGAUGGUGCCUUUCAUGGUAGAAGUUGGAGAUCAGAUGAUUUUGUCUCUCAAAAAGAAGCUGGAAGAAUCGAAAGAUGACUACAUCGAGGUUGAUUGCAAGGACCUCACGACACGCUACGCCAAUGACGUGAUAGCCUCUUGUGCCUUCGGUCUGAAGGUAGACUCUCACAUGGAUCGUGACAACCGGUUCUAUGCAAUGGGCAGGUCACUAUUUGAGUUCAGCUUUCGCACAAUGAUCAUGUUCUUUGUGCUUCUGAAUGCACCGAAAGUUGCCAAGUUUUUCAAAUGGGACAUUGUGCCAGCUUCAGUCAGGAAAUUCUUCACAAACUUGGUGCUGGAUACAAUGAAGGAUCGGGAGAUGCGACAUAUUAUCAGACCUGAUAUGAUUCAUUUGCUUAUGGAAGCCAAUAAAGGUAAACUAACCCAUGAAGAUAUAAUAUCUAAUGACAACGCUGUUGGAUUUGCUACUGCUGAAGAAUCUUCAAUUGGAUUGAAUACUUCAAAAAGAGUAUGGACGGACGAGGAUAUAGUUGCUCAAGCAUUUGUAUUUUUCGCUGCUGGCUUUGAAACGGUAUCAGCGACGAUGGCUUUCUUAUUGUACGAGCUGGCAGUUCACCCUGAGGUACAAGAACGAUUGGCACAGGAGAUCAAGGAAUAUGAUGAUAAGAACGGUGGCAAGUUUGACUUCAACUCCAUACAGGACAUGAAGUAUAUGGACAUGGUUGUUUCUGAGGUUCUGAGGAAAUGGCCAGCACCUUUGGUUUUGGAUAGAAUAUGCACUAAAGACUAUAAUCUUGGGAAACCAAACAAUGCAGCUGAAAAAGAUUAUAUCAUUCGCAAAGGGUCAGGAGUCCAAAUACCGGUGUAUGCCUUCCACAACGACCCUCAGUACUUUCCUAAUCCUGAGAAGUUCGACCCUGAACGUUUCUCUCCAGAUAACAAACACAAAUUCAAUGCAAAUGCGUACAUGCCUUUUGGUGUUGGACCAAGAAAUUGCAUAGGUUCAAGGUUUGCUCUCUGCGAGGUGAAGGUGAUAACAUACCAGAUUCUACGUCACAUGGAGCUGUCUCCCUGCAAGAGUACAUGUAUUCCCGCCAAGCUUGCGACCAACAAUUUAAAUCUCAGACUGAAAGGUGGACACUCUCUUAGGUUUAAACUCAGGAAGUUCGUGGGUAGAUUUGAAUUUUUAACUGAGUCAGUAAUGAUCCGGGAUAUUGAGUUGGUGAAGAAAAUCACUGUCAAAGACUUUGAACACUUUUUGGACCACCGAACUUUUGGAGAGAACACAUUUUUUGCCAGAACUUUGUUCUUUUUGAAAGGUCAAGAAUGGAAAGACAUGCGUUCGACAUUGAGUCCAGCGUUCACCAGUUCAAAGAUACGAUUGAUGGUGCCUUUCAUGGUAGAGGUUGGUGACCAGAUGAUUUUGUCUCUCAAGAAGAAAAUCAAGGAUGCGGAAGGUGGCUAUGUAGAUAUAGAAUGUAAGGACCUUACAACUCGCUACGCCAACGAUGUGAUAGCCUCCUGUGCUUUCGGUUUGAAGGUGGACUCUCAUACAGAUGAGGACAACCAAUUCUAUGCUAUGGGCAAAACAGCGACCACUUUCAACUUUCGGCAAAUGCUGAUGUUUUUCCUUCUUAUCAAUGCACCUCAACUCGUUAAGUUCUUUAAGUACGAUAUGAUAUCGGAACCCAUCAAAAAGUUCUUUAGGAGCUUGGUACUAGAUACAAUGAAGGAUCGAGAUUUGCACAAUAUAAUUAGACCUGAUAUGAUUCAUCUGCUUAUGGAAGCCAAGAAAGGACAACUAUCACACGAAGAUGUUAAACCCAAUGACGAAGCUGCAGGAUUUGCAACUGUCGAGGAAUCUGCAGUUGGCCAGAAGGAUCUCAAUCGAGUUUGGAAAGACGAUGACUUAGUAGCCCAAGCUUUCUUGUUCUUUGUGGCUGGCUUUGAGUCCAUCUCGUCUACCAUGACUUUCCUAUUGUACGAGCUGGCUGUCAAUCCUGAGGUACAGGAACGCUUGGCGAAAGAAGUCAGGGAGUAUGACAAUAAUAAUGGUGGGAAAUUUGACUUCAAUUCUAUACAGAAUAUGGCGUAUAUGGAUAUGGUUGUUUCGGAACUAUUGAGACGUUGGCCGCCGGCAGUGGCUAUGGAUAGAAUGUGCAACAAAGACUAUAAUAUGGGCAAACCAAACGAGAAAGCAGAGAAAGAUUUCAUUCUUCGUAAAGGAUGUGGCAUUCAAAUACCGACAUUCGCCUUUCACCAUGAUCCUAAAUUUUUCCCUAACCCUGAGAAGUUUGACCCUGAACGUUUCUCUGAAGAAAAUAAGCACAAGAUCAACCCACUUACGUACAUGCCUUUCGGGUUUGGACCUAGGAAUUGCAUUGGAUCAAGAUUUGCUCUCUGCGAGCUGAAGGUGAUGACAUACCAGAUCCUACGGCACAUGGAGCUGUCUCCCUGUGAGAAGACUUGCAUUCCUGCACAACUUGCUACUGACAACUUGAACCUGAGACUGAAAGGAGGACACUGGCUUAGAUUUAGACUGAGGAUCUUCACACUCUCGCAUACUGAAUUGGGCUGUGAAAUGAUGAUGCUACUACUAUGUCUGGCAGUUUUGGUGAUAGUGGUGGUGUUCUACCUCCAGAAGGCACACUCGACGUUCAAGGAGAAAGGCGUUAAGUAUCUGAAGACAAUCCCAAUAUUAACUGACUUGUGCUCCAUGUUGAUGCCUAGCGAACACAUUGGAGAGACUAUCAAGAGCUUGUACAACAGCUACCCCGAGGAAAGAUUCGUCGGCAAAUAUGAUUUUUUGAAAGAGUCUGUAGUAAUCCGUGAUAUUGAACUAUUGAAGAAAAUCACCAUUAAAGACUUUGAACACUUUGUAGAUCAUUCUAGUCCUGGACCUGAUGACUCUUUGUUUGGCAGGAGUUUGUUCUUUUUGAAAGGUCAUGAAUGGAAAGACAUGCGCACAUCUUUAAGCCCAGCAUUCACAAGUUCCAAGAUACGUCAAAUGGUGCCUUUCAUGAUGGAAGUUGGUGAACAAAUGAUGUUGUCUUUGAAGAAAAAGUUGAAAAACUCUGGAGGAGACUACAUAGAUGUUGAGUGCAAGGACCUAACGACGCGCUUUGCCAAUGAUGUGAUAGCUUCUUGCGCCUUCGGUCUGAAGGUAGACUCUCACGCCGAUGAAGAUAAUGAGUUCUAUAAAAUGGGAAAAGCAGUAUCUUCUUUUAAGUUUUCUCAAAUUUUGUUUUUCAUCCUGUUAUCAAGCCUGCCUUUUGUUAAUAAGCUUAUCGCCGUUGACGUUGUGCCGAAGCCAGCGCAGGAUUUCUUCAGGCGCUUAGUAUUAGACGCGAUGAAAGAGAGGGAACAGAAGAACAUUUUUAGACCUGAUAUGAUUCACCUGCUUAUGGAGGCCAAAAAAGGCAAACUAUCUCAUGAAGAAGUCAAGUCUAAUGAUGAGGCAGCUGGUUUCGCAACCGUCGAAGAAUCUACAGUUGGUAAAAAACAAUUGAUUAGAGUAUGGAAGGAUGAUGACCUAGUCUCUCAAGCGUUCCUGUUCUUUGCUGCUGGAUUUGAAUCAGUGUCCUCCAGUAUGUCAUUUCUUUUGUAUGAGCUGGCUUUGAACCCUGACGUACAGGAGCGACUGGCGCAGGAGAUCAGAGACCAUGACGCUAAGAGUGGUGGCAAGUUCGACUUCAGCUCCAUACAGAGCUUGAAGUAUAUGGACAUGGUUAUUUCAGAACUUUUAAGAAGAUGGCCACCAUUUGUGGUUUUGGACAGACAAUGCACAAAGGAAUAUAAUUUGGGGAAACCAAACCCUGAUUCUGAAAAAGAUUAUAUUUUACGUGAAGGCGCGGAUAUUCUGGUACCGGUGUAUGGAAUCCACUUAAAUCCUGAGUACUUCCCUAACCCUGAGAAGUUUGAUCCUGAACGGUUCUCCGAUGAAAACAAACACAACAUCAAACCAUUCACAUACAUGCCUUUCGGUAAUGGACCUAGAAAUUGUCUUGGAUCGAGAUUUGCUCUGUGCGAGAUGAAAGUGAUAACAUACCAGUUAAUCCGGCACAUGGUGCUCUCCCCUUGUGAGAAGACCAGCAUCCCUGCCAAGUUGUCUCCCGAUCAGUUCAACCUUCGGCUAGAAGGUGGACACUGGCUGAGGUUUAGAUUAAGGGACUAAUUAUUAAUGAAAAUCGUUAUAUCUGAUAUAGAGCUGAUGACUGAAUAUUCAGCAGUGUGCGCGCAGGCUAAGGUUGAUCUUGAAAUUAUUUUUUACGCUUAUGUAACUUUUUUACUAUGCAUUUGUUUAGUUAUAUUA